CACUUGCACUUUGCUAAGUAGCCUACAAAGAGUGCGUGUGUGCGUGCGUCACUAGCGCUCCUGGUGGACAAUACCAUCAACUGUGAAUCAAUAGCAGACGGUCGAUCAGCAGUCAGCUGUUAGGCGUACUUAGUCAAUGCGGUGUGGGUUAGGCUCCGGACUAUGUCUACUUGUUUUCUGCUGAGGACGUUGUUGCAGCACUUCAAAGAAGACAGGAGGAAAAUAAUUGUGAUCGGAUGAAUAAUAACGGAGUUUUUCAAUUGCCUAACGCUUCUUUGAUUUUGACCUGACAACACCGACGUGGUAAAGAGUAGAACCAUCGACAUUCUAUACUUGAACUUCCAAUUGAAACUAUGGAGGAAUUCAAGUAUACGGAGGGAAACAUGGAUGACGCCGAUGUGUAUCAAGUGGAGUAUGUAGACAGGACCAUGGUGCUGUGUUACAUUCUCGCUGGAGUGUUGGCAGUGAUUCUCAUCCUCUACUGGAGUUUUGAGGUCCACUACUUCAUCAGGAUGGGACUGACUGUGUUUAAUGCGAGGGUGUUCAAGAGAAAAGUUCAUAUCUUGGACUCCACCUCUGUCACUGGUGUGUGCCUGAGUACGGAUGUGGAUACACUGCUGUACCAUAUGAACAAUGCAAGGUAUUUACGAGAGUUGGACUUUGCCAGAGUGGACUUCUACGAGAGGACAGACUUGUACCGUACCAUUCGUGCCAAAGGUGGGGCCGUUGUCCAAGGGGCAUGUACCAUCCGGUACCGACGGUUUGUGCGUCCCUUCUCCGUUUACACGAUUACCUCCAAGAUCGUCUAUUGGGACCAGAACUCCAUCUACAUGGAGCACAGGUUCAUCACGCCCAAGGACGAGUUUGUGAGAGCGAUCGCGCUGUGUCGCCAAAGGCUGAUCAAUGUCUCUGCGGAGGAUGUCAUGACAGAGUUGUUAUCCAACGGAGCCAAAGCGGCAGAUCCCGAGAGAGGGCUGGAGAAGCCCGAGUGUCCUUUGGAGGUGCUCCGAUGGAACGAGUCUAACGAGAUCUCCUCUGCAAAUCUCCGCAACGGAUGCUGACCUCGGUUGGACCUUCCUGACAAGGAAGAAGUGACCAUCGACAUGUGAAAGUGUUGUGAUAAACUCUCUCAGAGAGAAUCGGACAAAGUGAUUUUAAGGUCUUAAAACUCUGCAAUGCACUAUGAUACAGUGUACUUAAAUGUUUGUGUUAUUCUGUCCUUUGAAGUGUUUUUAAUGAUUUUAUAUGUAAGGAUUUUAGACUUAAAAUAUAAAAUAUUUUAAAGCUUUGAAUGUAAUGUGAGAUGCUUUGGUAAAAUUGUUUAAAUCGUUCGAAGCCGUUAUUUUUUCAGUUUUGUUAAAGCUUUGAAAAACAAAGGUAUAAUUUGGAAUACAAUUUGACAAAAGAUUAUCAAUUUCCAUAUUUCCUUAUGCACUAUGUAGUGCUGAUUCAAAUUUGGUUAUCAAUUAUGGUUAUCAAUUAUUAUUUUGUAAUUUUAAACUCAGUUUUUAGAGUAGUUUUACAUUACUCUUGAUUAUAUUGUGACACUUUCACCUUAUAGCUAAAGAGCUAAGGAACGGAAGUACUUUUUUCUCUAUUGGGUACCCAUGAAUCUGUACGGUAUCUAAUGUUGACAAACUUGUAGAUUCAACUUGGACAUUUAAAUAAUGUUAUUGUUAAAUGUAGACCUAAUGUUACUUAAUGCUGUGGUUAUAUAUAUAAGUUAGAGAAUUGUAAAAAAAAACAAAUUUGUACAUACUUUAGUGUUUAUUUAUCAUAGAACCAUGUAAGGAGAUCAACAUGGUGACUAUAGUAGUUAGAGAAUAUUUCCUUUCAUUGGACUGUUACACUAGUCAUUCUAAAAUAACGUGUUGUAAGUUGUAAAAUGCCUUGAUGGAACUUCACGUUCCAAGACCAUAUUCUUCUAGCUAUAUCUGUUAUACAUUGAAAUUUGACUCAUGCUCUUCCAUAGAAUCAAAUUUGUUGUUUUAUUUAAGUUUUUAAAGACUGAAGUGAUAGAAAACUGUAGCAUAUAUGGUUCCAAACACAACAAAAACUCUUGAAUCAAAAUUAUAGGCUUACUGCAGCCUAUUCACACACAUUUUUAAUAAUUUGCCGUAUCAGAACUUUAACCCUUUUCAGUCUGUUUAUUUUUGUCUGAGGAAAACCAACUACUUAGGGAAUGUUUUUCUUCUAUUCAGAUGGUACAAUCAAUAAAAAGAUAGUUAUAUCUUUUAUGAUAUAAAAAAUAAACUACCGUAAUAAUUAUGUUUCCAAUAUUGAACUCAUGUUCAUUGAAAUUUAUAAGUUUGAGUUUGGUACUUGGAAACAAUACUGUAUACUCCAAAUAUUUUUAUCCUCUAUUGUAUUGGAAAGUUUGAUUAAUCAAAUCAUGGUUCUAUUAUUACUAAUUUCUUUGUGUCAGUGGACACUCCAGUAAGUAUAGGCUACAUCAAAUCAAAUCAUUUUCUAUUAGAUCAAGAUACCAUUUAGCUUGUGAUCAAACUUAUUAAGUGACAAAAAUAGUUAUAAGUUAGCAUUAUUCGUCUGAUGUUUUAUUGACGAGUAAGAGAUGUUGGAUAUUUUCCAUGACACUCUAAUUAGUUUAGGUGAUUUGAAAUCAUAAUGUGUUAGGAUGUUUGUAUAUACUUCUAAAUUGUAUGGGUAGUAUAAAUAUAUAUCAACAUUUUGCUUUGAGCUUUAUUAAAUUGUCUGCUGUUACGAAAUGUACUUUCUACUGUUUCUAUUUUUUUUUUAUCUUUAAAGACAUUUACAUGUUGAUUACAUGUUAUUUAUAAUAAAA